CUCACUUCCAAACCUUCCAACCCACCUUCUUGUAAACCUACCAAGAACCUCCACCUCUAACACCAUGGUCAGCUCCUGUUGUGGCUCUGUCUGCUCUGAGGAGGGCUGUGGCCAAGGCUGCUGCCAGCCCAGCUGCUGCCAGACCACCUGCUGUAGGACCACCUGCUGCCGCCCCAGCUGCUGUGUGUCCAGCUGCUGCAGACCCCAGUGCUGCCAGUCUGUGUGCUGCCAGCCCACUUGCUGUCGCCCCAGCUGCUGCAUCUCCAGCUGUUGUCGCCCCAGCUGCUGUAGACCCAGUUGCUGCAGGCCCAGCUGCUGUAGGCCUUCCUGCUGCCAGCCCAGCUGCUGCGUGUCCAGCUGCUGCAAGCCCAGCUGCUGUGUGUCCAGCUGCUGCAGGCCCAGCUGCUGCCAGUCUGUGUGCUGCCAACCUACCUGCUGUCGUCCCAGCUGCUGUAUCUCUAGUUGUUGCCGUCCUAGCUGCUGUGUGUCCAGCUGCUGCAGGCCCAUCUGUUCUGGUGGUUCCAGCUGUUGUGGGUCUAGCUGCUGCAGGCCCAGCUGCUGCAUUUCUAGCUGUUGCCGCCCCUCCUGUUGUGUGUCCAGCUGCUGCAGGCCCACCUGCUGCCAGAGCACCUGCUGUCGCCCAACUUGCUCUAGUUGUUCUUGUUGCUGAGAGCUCUCCCAAGCAACAUUC